UGCCUGCCUGGCAGAGAGGCACGGCCGCAGCAGAGACUCGGCUUGCCUCGCCGCUCUCCUCCUUGCGGCUGCCUCGCCAGCUCCGCGCUUUGCAUGCAAGCCACCGGGGAUUUGUAAGGAACUGCUCCUGGCUCCAGGGCUCGGGACGGCCACGACCAGCUCCCUCCCUCGCUGCGUCCCUCCCUCGCUCCCUCCCAUCCGCUGCCAGGUCAGCUCCGGCUGCGCCUUGCCCAGCGCUCGGCAGGCACGUCUAAGCCGGGCUCUGCCCUCCAGCAGCUCCCGCGCUGCCUCCUCCAGCAGAUCAACGCUUAGCAGUAGCAGCAGCAGCAGCACCGUUUCAACAAGAUGGCGGGAUCGGUGGCAGAGAGGGACGCGGUGAAAAUAGAGGACGGACAUUUAAACAACUCCUUGGGAUCCCCGGUGCAAGCGGAAGUAUAUUUUCCAAGACUGAUUGUCCCAUUCUGUGGGCACAUCAAAGGAGGAAUGAGGCCAGGCAAGAAGGUCUUGGUCAUGGGCAUCGUCGAUCUCAACCCGGAGAGUUUUGACAUCAGUCUUACGUGUGGAGAUUCAGAGGAUCCUCCUGCUGACGUAGCUAUUGAACUGAAAGCCAUAUUCCCAGACAGGCAGUUCCUCAGGAAUUCUUGCAUAUCUGGCGAAUGGGGAGAAGAACAGUCAUCUCUUCCUUACUUCCCAUUUAUUCCAGACCAGCCCUUUAGGGUUGAAAUACUUUGUGAGCACCCUCGUUUUAGAAUAUUCGUGGAUGGACACCAGCUUUUUGAUUUUUACCAUCGCAUUGAGAAGUUGUCAGCUAUUGAUACGAUAAAGAUAAAUGGAGAUCUCCAACUUACUAAACUUGGUUGACCUUAUUAUUAGUAUUAUUAAAAGAAAAACAAACAGAAAAAGAUAAAAACCAAAAUUUUAGAUUCCAAAUUGGCUCAGGUGCCACCAGCAUCUGUCUGAAGGAGCAGUGACUACGAUACUUGAAUGCCACCCUCAUAGACAGACUCCACACUCUCUUUCCUAUAAGCAGUAAAGAACACCUUGCUGAACUGCAGUACUGUUUAUCCUAAUGAAGAAAGCAAUUGAUGACGAACAAAUACUGAGCCCGCCUCCUUCCUUUGGAACUAAAAGGCCUACCCCUGCUGGAUAAUCAAAUUGUAAAGGAUUCUGAAACAGUUACUUCAUUUAUUGUCAAAACUGCAUAAGCUAGUGAUCUUCUCAACUAAAGGAAAGGUUUUGAAACCAAGUGCUAAAUCUGUAAACUACAAGCAAAAAGUUUUAUUUGCAAAAAAGAAAAGAAAAAGAAAUGCUCCUGCACUUAAGUGGAUUAGUGUAAAUGUAACACAGCUCACAAGAGAGGGCCUAAUGUUGAAGUCAUUAUUCAGUGCCAAAGACUGGUCUCCUUAACGUCAAUGUCAGGAGUCCUUGGACUUCAUGGGAGCAUGCUUAGGUAGACAAAACAGCUGCAGUCUGGCACAUAACGAUACACACAUCUGAAUGCAUGGAGGGGGCUUGAGUGUGUUUAAUUGUGCGCCAUUUGGUGGCUGGUUACAGCCGUUUUCCCCUCGAUGAGUUGCUUUCCAGGAAAAGGUGGAAACUGGGCAAUGGCUUCAGCAUUUGGCCUGCAUAUAUUAGUCAGGGUAUGUGCAUAGAAUGUAGGUGAUUUAAUGUUUUUGCACAAUGUAAUAUGAAUACAUUUUAAAAGCUUUCUUCUAGUUUAUUUAUUGAUGCUCAUUGUGUUAAUGUGUUAACAUUGAAAUGGAACAAUAUUACUGAAACCGAAGAGCAGGAAAGUAUAAACCUGAAUGUACAAACAUUUAUUAGGCAAAUAUUGACAUAUCAUUUUGGAAAUGCGUUUUCUUUGUCUCUAGGCAGUUGGUGGUGUUCUUAGGGUGCCCUCACAAUUCACGGAAGCUUGGCCUGUUCAUGUCUUCACCAGAGGCAGCUGUUAAUAUGCAUGAUUCUCUUAUAAAUGGUCAACCAGAACUACUAAGUUUGGUGUGACAUUGCCCACCUCUAAUAUAGUAGGAUUUUCCAGGUUUAUUGGUACUUAGAGGCUGCAAUUUAAUACCCACUUAGCUCAGACUAAGCCCCAUUGAACUCAAUGGGACUUUCCUCUGUGUACAUGUGUAUAAGAUUGCACUGUUAAAGCUUGAGAAUACCUUAGUAUUUGUUCAGACUAGUAGCCCUUUAUGGCUACUGUCCUUGUUGGGAGAGAAAAUUAAAUCCUCAGCUCAUCCCUGGUCUUUAUAAUUGGCCAAGUUAAUAAUGCAGGAAAUGUAGAUUCCUUGAAACAAAUAAUGAUUUUAGUGACAGACGUAACUGUAUUAUCACUGUAAUUACACUGCACAAUAGAUGAUUCCCAGUGACUUUUCAUAGACUCUUUAGGAAGCAAUCCAACUUGUACACUGUGGGCUGUAAAGGACUUAUCUGGGUGUCAGAGUCUGAGGAAUAACAUGUAUUUGCAUUAUUUUUAAAACUUGUAUUAUAGUAACUUUUAAAGACAUUUAUUAUGGAGACAUUUUGUAGUAUAGCAUUUUUAAAUGCAAAAAACAAAAAUAACUUAUGCUUGAAUGAUAAAGGAGGUCUGUUGCAAUCAGUCAGUCAAUCAAUCAGUGCAGGAAACUUCUUGGUCAAAAUUAUUAUUUUUAAUUGCCAGCUACCCAACCUUCAACUAGCAGUUCUUGGUCUGGUUGAUCACAUCUCAAUCAUUUAGUGAGCUGGUGGGAUCCAUUUUAAUUUCGUUAUGGAACACUGCAGUACAGGGGACCUUUGUGUGGCCAUUAGAAGUUUCUCCUUGUUAAUAGGUAUACAGCCUAUUUACUUUGUAGACUGCGGAGCCAUAUUUUGAGGUGACAGUCCGGUUAGCUUGAGGUUAAAAGGUGCAGUAUCAGCCAAAUCUGCCUAUUCCAUCUACUAAAGUUGGUAGGAUCAACCUCACCAAGCUGUAGCAGUGUGCACUGCAACAUAGGUGUAUCCUAUAGGUACACCUAAGUUAGACAAUAGGGAAGAAGUUGCCUGCCUAUGCCUUAAGGGGUAUAAAAAGGGGGUAUAAAAGUUUCCUGCAGACACUACUUCUCUAGAAUAAGUUCCCUAGAAUAAAAGGGGCGCUGCUGAGCAACUAAGACUGCAGUCCUGUUCCCAUAUAACUAAGGGGAAGUUCAGUGGGGUUUAUUACUGAGCAGACAAGCAUGGAAUUGCACUGUAAAGCUACAGUCCUGUGUAUAUUCACCUAGUAAUAAACCUAAUUGAAGCAACUGAGACUUAUUUUUGAGCACUGCAUAGCAUGUGCAGGAAGGCUGCAAUCCCAAAUUACUCAGUAAGGCCUACUAAAUGCUCUAGGAUUUAUUUCUGUGCUCAGGAUUGCAGUGGAAGACAACAAUCCUAUGGACAUAUACUUGGAAUCAAAUCCUAUUGCACUUAGUGUUUUCCAAAUACCCUUGGAUAGUAUCAGGUUAUUAUAGCCAGUCCUAAGCUUCUUCUUGGGAGUAAAUCUUAGUGAAAUGAAUUUGAAGUUGCUUUGUACAAAUUUGACUGCGUUCAUACAGCAGUUAUCACGGUCACGAAAUUUACUGAAAAUUGAAUGUUAUUUGUUCAGCAUUCAGUAAAUUUUGUGUUGAUAAUAAAUUAAAAGAACAGUUUGAAACGAUCACCUGUGUAAUCAAUCAUUUGAGUUUUUAAAAAAUGAUCUGCAUAAACAGCUGUUUUGGACUUCAGCUCCCACCAGCAACCCCAGAUGGUAUAGCCAGUGAUCAAGAAUGUUGGGAGCUGUUGUCUGAAACAUCUGGAAGGGACCAGGUUGAGGAGGGGUGUCUUAGGGUAAUUCAUAAGGUAUAUACUUUUUAACUGAAUACUAUAUAUUCUGAUUAUAGUAUGAACAGCCCAGUCCUUUUGGGGUUUUUUAAGAUUAUAGACAUAUUAUACACAGUAAAAAUUUGGGGGAACUGAGCCAGGAUGCCUUGGGCUGCAUGAAUGUGUGACUAGACUUUUAAGCAUGCAAGUAUUCACCUUGAACACAAUUGUCAGGUCAAACAUCUGACUCACUUGCACUAUAAAGACAAGCAGAGCUUACACGAAACUCAUCCCCAGAUCUUUCACGUCUUCUCCUUUUUGACUGUGGGCAAGCUUCUGUUUCUCUGCUGGGUAGUCUUACAUGUUAUUUGUCCCUCAGCAGUCCUUAAAUAUAAGGAUAAUUAAUGCCCCCCAGAGAUUUUGCAAGAUCAUUUUGCUAUGACACUGUUACAAAUGCCUGGAAUUAAUGAGAUCAAGGCAUAUCAGAAUUUAAAACUGGAACAUUAACCUUAGCUUUGACUAUGUCCCUGAUUUUCCCGUCUCUCCAAAUAUAUAUCUCAGAAUCGAAUGGUUAGUUGCAGGUGGUAAUUUCUCCUCACCCUUCGCAAUGGCUUCUCUGGGCAGCUUUGUAUGAGUUAUUGUACAUUUUGUACUGCAGUUAGACUCUUUCUAGGAUUUUUUCAGGAUGAAUUCACAUGAUGCAUAAAUAGUUGAACCAACUAUCAUUUUUAACAUCUUCAGAAACCCAACAAUAUUUGUAUACAAUACAAAAAAGGAAUAUGCUUGAAAAUAAUAUAACAAACCCAGAGGAAAAUCAGGUUUUAUAGAGGAGGUUUGGAUUAUUUUUCUCAGGAUGACAUUUUUAGUGGCAUUUGACAAUUUGUUUAUUUCAGAGAGAUGAGCAGAAAACCUGUAAAAAGAAAGUAUUGUUUGAAGAAACAACCCAUGGAAAUGCCUGACAGGGUCAUAAGCUUUAGAUUGUUUAUCACUAUAGGAUUUAAAGGUACCAUAGGACAUUUAGGAACAGAGGAAGAGAAAGAGAGCAGAUAUGACUACCUUAAGCUGCCAUCUUAUACAUAUUUUUUAGGAAGCAAGCACCAUUCCACAUGUGGAACUUGACUCUAAAUAGGAUUGCGCUGCAUGAUCAAUGUGCAUGAAUAAGAAUGCAAUAAGAAUACACUUACCUGGGAGCAAGUCCCAUUUCAUAUAAUGCACCUUAUUCUUCAGUAGACACAUGUAAGAUUGCACUGUUGAGUUCUAUGUACAGAAGUGUUUCUUAAUUAGCAGUGGCAGAAGGUAAAGAAGAGGCAAACUCUGCUAAAGCUGUGUCAAAAUGGAUUGCUCAUAUUUCUUUUAAUCUUUCCAGAAAAAUCAAAUUUGCUCAAAACACUAGAAUUUUAAAUGUGCAGCAAAAAGCAAUGUAUAUUUUAAAACAUGAAUAGAUUCUAGCCUAGUUUCCAACAUAUCCCACCUUUUGCAGUAGUAGGUACUGGGCAAGUCCAUGAAAUGUGACAAGCCUACAGUGGGAUUCUUGGUUGAGUCAGCAACCUAUGGUGCACCCAUCACAUGAUUGGGCUCACCGUAGGUGUUCAUCUCUCCCUUCCUCUUGUUCCUCCCAGGGGAUACACAGCAGAAAUGACAUGUCUCCCCUUUCCUGAUGGGUUUGCAAGCUCUUUAUGGCUUGUCCUGGCUUUUUGGUCCCUUCGGACAUUUUUGUUUUUCAGAAAUCAUGGCCUCCACCUUGACAGGCAUGAUCCCUGUUUUGACAGCCAAUGACAAACCCCAGAGUGCCUGUCCACAGUCACAAACCUUCUUUUUGCCCUUUAAUCCUCUAAUUUGUACAAAUAGCUAACAUUGCUUUUUGGUUUCUCACAAGGCAUGGAUCCCCAAGGCUUUUUCACAGGGAUCCCUGCAUUGCACUAUCUCCAAAGAGGAAAAAUGGUGAGGGGAUGAAAAAGCUGCAGCAAGCCCGAAAGGUUUGUGUUGUGGCAGGGGAUACCCAGCCAGUGCCAACCAGCCCCAAGUGCCCCUUGGGCCUUUGAGCAGCAGCCCAUUUGGCAAGAGGCGCAAGGGGACUUGCCACUCUUGUUAAGCCACAUGCUAGCUGAUGCCUGAUGCCUACUAGGGGAUCAGUUACUCUGGGUCAGAUGCCCUGACAACCCAUUGUGGGUUUCCACAACAUGACAAAAUGAGCUGCUGCUGCUGCUGUUGUUUAGUUCAUUCCGGAGAGGAGUUGACAACAUGGCCCUUCAGAUCUUUUGGUCUGCAGCUCCUCUCACCCUUUAACUGCAUUGCCAGUGGCGAGCGAUGAUGGGAGAUCAAGGAGACCCAAAUAUAUGAAGGGCCGCAAGAUGCCCAUCCCAAUUUAAUCAUUAAUCAUCAAUGGAAAUGGUGAAGCACUUCUGUAAAUCUUAAGACUGUUCCAAAUCUGCUAAAUUGUGUAAUGUGUUUUGCCCCACAAGCCCCUUCAUCUGGAAUGUUCUCUUUUUAUUCUGGGAGAGACAGCUGCUUUUGCCCUCAGCCCAGGAGGAAAUAGAAACAUCAGCAACAUUGCCUGGAGAAGGCCUUAGCCCUUGAGAAGCUUGCUAGAGAAGGUUCACCCUCCAGCCCUGGUUUCUCAACAAAUAUUUUGAAUAUUUAUUGAUCUAUUUAAAGCAUUUUAUUCCACUCUUACCUCAUGCAGGGAGGCAGGCUCAUCCCUACAAGCCUUGUUCUCCCCCACACUGGGGCUCCCCUCGGGUGUUGCCACUUCCUGAGUUGCUAUGCACUCAGAGUAAAUUACAAAACUGAGGCAGCAGUGGGGGGCUCCUAGCAUCAUAACAUAUUCUGGGGAACAUGGUAGGAAGGGGGUGAGAAUGGGCAGGUAUCUCCUCAGAUGCUCCUUUUUACAGGUUCUUGGGGUUUUUUGGAGGCCCUUGCACCUUUGUGUUACCCACACUUGGGAAAGCGAGGGCAGCCUGGUGCCACCUGAGCCGCUGUGAGGACUCUACUGUGAAGGAUGCUUUCCAUCCCACCUGGAAAAGGAAAGUUGGCAGGGGCACUCUCUCCAUGCAGACAAUCACCUGUGCAAACUGCAACUUUUUAGCCCAUCACUAUUCCAGUAUUUUUUAGGGUGGGGUUCAUGGGAAGCAGCAUUAACAGCUGAACCCUCAGGUUUUGGGGGGUGUUUGGGCAGCCCUGGGCUCCCCUCACUUCCUCAUGUGUGGAUCCAGUGGAACGUUUUGAAGAAGUCAAGCCACAGACUUUGCCAAAUGGCUUUAUGCAGCCCGGGGGACAGCUGUGCCCUGCAGGGCCCUUGGGAUAAUGCAGCUGGACUGGGGAGGAGCUGGAAGAGGAGCCGGCAGGAGAAAGACCCCUGCUGAGACUGAAGGUCUGGCCGGUCCAGAGAAAUUUAAUAGUGCAUGGUUGAAAUUCCCAAGGGGUUAAUGUGUUGUGUGAACCCAGCCUUUGUUUAACUAAUAUCCACAAACAUUUUGAAUACUAAACUCUAAAUUCACUAAUAUUUUAAAUGUGUUCUAAUCCAGAAAACUUCUGCUUUGAGAGAAUUGUAAGGCAUGGAAUUCCAACUGUGAAGAAACAAAGAGAACCCUAAGGGAAAAUUUGCCACUGGGGCUUCUUGGCAUGGCACCAGCCACCAUUUUGAAAGCCCAAGGUACAGCAGGGGUGCAUCACAACUUGUUGCUACAUACAAACCUGGCAAGAGUAGGUUGAAGUGGAUAACAAGCCACUCCCAACCCCUGCUGAAACAUGGAUCUUACACAUGCAAAAUGGUAAGUUCCUUGGGAAAAUUUGGCCCUGGUGGCUUGCCAUUACAUGUGAAGAGGUCUGUCACUGCACCCUGAUGGGAAAAGGAGUGAACUUCAGAGAUUACCUCCCAUGUGUGUAUCCCUCUCACCGCACACAAAAAAGUAGAGCACUUUGAAUUAAUGUGGACGUUUUGCCUCUAACAUGGGUGGACAACUUGUAGCUUUGCAGGUGUUUUGGCCUAUGACUGCUAUAUUCCUCAUCCAAGAAAGUAUCUCAAGGGCUACAAGUUGCCUACCCCUGUUCUAAAAGUACAUACAAAAGAAGGCAAAUAUGCAGUAAAAGACAUCAUAGGUCAUGGAUGCUUGGUCAGAUGUGAUCAGCUAUGCACGUAUAAACAUAGUUGGAAAUGCAUAACCUUGAGGUCAAAGCAUUUACACUCACUAAUACCACAGUAUGUACAAGGAAGCCUCAGUCCUAGAAGGUUGAGUACCAGUUGAAAUGCUGACAGAUCCCCAUACCUACUGAUCCAGUAUAUACAUCUAAGCAGUUUUUGGUAUCAUUUGCUAUCCUUCCAUACCAGCUCUAAGUUGCAUGUGGGAGGCAUUGCAAUGGAAUGGUUCUGCUCCUACUUGCAGGGUUUGUUCUAGGGCGUUGUCUUGGGUAACUUCUGCUGAAGCCUUGGUAUUUGCUCAGUGAGUUCCCACAGGGUGCUGUUUUGUACCCAUGUUUGUUCAUACAUAUCAGGAGUUGCUAGGUGAAGUCAUCCAGGAAUGGGGAGUGAGAUGCCAGAAGUAUGUUGAUUGAUGAUACCCACCUCUAUUUCUCUUUGUCCUCUGAGUCAAGUGGACAUCUCAUGUGGGGAGAUGCUGAAUCUGGAAUCAGUAAGAAGUUGGAGGAGGGCCAAUCAGCUGAUUGUUCCCCAAUUGCAAAAAGAGACAAGUGUUGGCCUUUUGCCAGCUCCUUCACCAGCUGCAGUCUCUCCUGAAGAAAAAUAGUCUGGCUACAGGUACCAAUGCCUGGUAACCUCCCAGCUGAAUUACUGUCAUAGCAGAAAAGGCUGCUUUUGAAGAUGGUAUAGAAGCUUCAGUUGGGUUUUGAGUGAUACAUCUCAAUCUGAUUCUAUCUCCAGAGUUAAUAGAGCUCUCCAGUUUGCCAGUCUCCUACCAGGCCCUGUUCAAAAUACUUACACAAGAGAAAUGGCUUGGGACAGCAGCGCCUUUCCCCACACCCUUGGGCCUGUGUUUUCAGAUCCCAGCAGAGGUUUUCCUCUCUGAUCCCUCCUUAUUAGAGAUUAACUGGCUGACAGCCCACAAGAGGGCCUUUCUGGCUGAACCAUGCAUCUUUCAUUUCCUCCAACAUUUUUAGUCUUCCUGAAGGUUCUGUUUUACCUGUUAGUUUGUUUAACUGUGUGAUUGUUUUCUUAUUUUAACAAAGCAUCAAAUUGUUAUUCUGAACUACCUUAGAAUGGUGCAGUCAUUAAUACAUCACCGCCUUGAAAGAAUGGAAAGAAUGGACAUGUUACAAUCCCUGUCUAUUUGUUUGCAACAGAAAAUUAGCAUUGAUAGUGAGAAAAGCACUUAAGAAGAUCACACAGAGCCAGUGUGCUGGCUGGGAAUGCUGACAAUCAUUUGGUAUAGCAGACAAUAUGCCUGAUUUAGAGCCUGCUAUGCCAUUGGUACUUCAUAAGCUCAAAGCUAGACAGUUGACUUAAUUUUUUGAAUAAUACUUUGUUUUCCAUGAACAACACUCUCUGAAUAAAACCUGGGGCCUCCUUAGACUUGAUUCAAUGACUCACUGAGAUAUCUUAGUGAAGGCUGUUGCAUUUCAGUGGAAUGAACCCAUUUCAAAAUGGUUUAAGUCAGAAAUAGUGUCCGAGAUUGCAUGUUCACACGCCACAGUGAGCUAAAGUCUGUGGCAUUGUAUGGUGAGUGAUUUCAAAUAUUCAUGCUAGUGUCAUGGCUUGCAGUGUUGUCUGAACUCAGUGAGGGUGAGCUGUGGGUGUGGUUAACAAACCAGCCCUUUUAAUCCAUGGCUUAAAGGGGCCAGCUGCACACACUGCAGCAACAUUUUGCAUUCUGAUCAUUUUGGACAGAGUUACAUGCAUCUUCUCCUGGACUGGUUUUAAAACCAUUUAUCUAGGUAACUGGCAUUCCUUAGAAGUUUAUCAGGGAACUCCCUGGAAGAAAGACUGUUUGACAUGCCUGCUCUGUCCCUGCAAUGAGCAGCAAUGGGGACAAUGCUUGGCUUGUGUGGAACAGCACCAAGGUUCAAAAGGACUGACUAGUGUCAGCCUUUCCCAGUCUGAUACCCUGCAGAAGCGCUGGUCUACAACUCCUAUCACAGCCACAAAGUUCCCAGGUGAAGAAACAGAGUUCCCUAGAACAUGGUGCAGGAAAGACAAAAUGUGUUUCCAGAGGGUGGGGACUCAGAUGCCAACUGAAAAGAGCUUCUUUGCCUGAGGAGAGCCAUUCAGUAUUGUUUUUUGUUGACCUGUGGGGCUCUGACUGGAAAUGUCCUCAGUGCCAAGAGCAGCAAAAUUCCUGGUUCCAUCCAUCCAUCCAAUUCCUGGUUCCAUCCAUCCAUCCACUGCUGCCUGCCUGCCUGCCAGUGAAAUGGAAAAUGUUCUGCUGGAGGUCUUGCCUCGAUUCUGCUGGGGCAUUUGGCACUAGCAUCACUCAAAUAAAUUCCGAAAGCUGGUGGUGGUAGUGGUGGGGAAUCCCAUUAACUUUGUGGAUUGCUGUCCUACAAGGGAAAAAGCAUUUCCAAAGGGUACUCAGUGUUAGUUCCAAUCUUCCCCAGCCUGGCUCCCAGCACAUUUAUUAGACUGGGAAUGAUGGGAGUUGCAGUCCAGCCCAUCUGCAGAGCACCAGGUUGAAGAAGGAGGCUGGUUAACUACAGUAAGUUGAAACUGACACAUUCAGCAUCUGAUAAGCCAGCAUCUGUUGUGCAACAUUAACAACAGAAGUAAAACAAAAGGUUGCACCAAUUCAGACUUCAGCAAAACAUCUGAAUUUUGAUUUGACUUUUGGGCUUUCAAACACUUUAAAAUUACAGCUUAAAUUCUGACCCUGCAACAUAAGUUUAAACUUGUUGAUGUCUUUAAGGCAGUUGCAUUAGGUAUCUACUCAAUAAGCAAGUGCUGUAUUGAGAGCAUGUUCUCUCUCCAAUCCUAACUCAGAACAGCACCCAUUUUGAAUAGUUCUCACGGGCUUUGCACAAUUACCUGUGCAAUUCAGAACUGUUUUUAAAGAUGGUAGGAAACAAGAGGUGUCCAUGUCAGGGAACUGUUCUGGGGUGGCUGAAAUGAUCAGAAGAGGUCCCACUGCAAGUCUUGCCCCAGCCAUGAACACUCAUGCAGCCUUACGCAAGGUGCUAUUAAUUCCCUCAGCCUCCAUGCCUCCUAACACAGGGAUGAUAUUGCCUUACAAGGUUACUGUCAAGCAGGGGGAGGGAGCUACUUUUCCACUGAUGACCACAUUCCCUUGGAGGUAGUCUCUCAGGGGCACAUGCAGGUGACGGGAAGGGCUUUCUUUGCCAGUCUCAUCUCUUCUUCACUCUGUCCCUAUUCUGCCCCAGAGGAGGGACAGAUCACUCAUCAACCAUCUGGACUGGUCAUUGGCAGGGGGCUUUAGGAUAAAGCCGAGGGCCACAUUAAAUCAGCCUGAGGGCCACAGGUAGCCCCAGGACACAUCAGAUUAGGCUGAGCGCCACAGGAUUCCCACCCAUGCACAAGAUUAUUAGGAUGCUAUUUAUGAAACUCAUUUAAAAGCAUUAUUAUUAUUGCAAGUGUAUUCUUAAAGAAUAUAGAAGGGGUGGUUAUGAAUAUUUGCUAGCGUACAUGAUAAACCACCUCUUUAAAAAUACAGGGUCCACUUAUAGUGGUCAGGUGGUGGCAAAUGAGUCAAAGGUGGGCCAAGCUGGUAAAUUGCUACAUGUGCUUGAAAUGCAGUAAGCUGCAAUUAUGUCAAAUUCAUAGAUAUUCUCCCUAGUCUUAUGAGAUUGAUUGUCUAUUCAACCAUAAUGUAUCUGCUCUGAAGGCUUAAUGGUGAGCUAUUUUAUGUAAAUGAAGAACCGUAUAGCACUUACUAGAAACAUAGAUGUCUCAUGUGGCAGGCAUAGUGGUUUGAAGACAAGCCAAAGUGAAUGUUUUCUGCAAUGUUACAGUUGGAUUUUUUUUAUUUAAAGGGAUUUUUAAAAGAGAUACUGCAUGAAACAAUCCAGCAAUAAAUACUGUGCAUCAUCUACUCACAAAUCUAUUUUUAUGUGUUGUGCCAAUUUGAUAAGAAACUUUUAAUAACAAUAAAAAGCAAAAUAUUCACUACAAAA